UCCCGGAUCGGGGACCGCUCGGGUCCCUGGAAAAGGGGCUGGGAGAGGGAAGCAGGGACCGGCAAGGGAGCAAAAUGGUGGCACCCAACCCUUAGGAAAACUGCUGCGCUCCGGGAAUCUCGGGAUCUGGGGCUGAGCGCUUUUGGGGAAGGAGGAUUGACGCGGGAGGGAGCGAUCGGAGCAGCCUUUGGGAAGACCUCUCCCAGAAGAGACAGGGAUGGAGUCACUGGGAAGCCCCACGGAAGACGAGAACACAUCCUCUCCCCCCAAUACUUUAAAUUUUAACGGGGCGCAUCGUAAGCGGAAGACACUUGUUGCACCUGAAAUCAACAUUUCCCUGGACCAGAGUGAAGGCUCCAUCCUCUCUGAUGACUUCCUGGACACUCCAGAUGACCUGGAUAUUAAUGUGGAUGAUAUUGAAACACCUGAUGAGACAGAUUCCCUCGAAUUCCUGGGCAACGGGAACGAACUGGAAUGGGAAGAUGACACUCCCGUAGCCACGGCCAAGAACAUGCCUGGGGACAGUGCAGACCUGUUUGGGGACGGGGGGACAGAGGAUGGCAGUGCCACCAACGGGCGGCUCUGGAGGACCGUCAUCAUCGGGGAGCAGGAGCACAGGAUCGACCUCCAGAUGAUCAAACCCUACAUGAGAGUGGUGACACACGGAGGAUACUACGGAGAAGGUCUCAAUGCCAUCAUUGUCUUUGCUGCCUGUUACCUCCCCGACAGCAACCUGGCUGAUUACCACUACAUCAUGGAAAACCUCUUCCUGUACGUGAUCAGCAGCCUGGAGCUGCUGGUGGCUGAGGAUUACAUGAUCGUGUACCUGAAUGGGGCGACGCCGCGGCGGAGGAUGCCGGGCCUGGGCUGGCUCAAGAAAUGCUACCAGAUGAUCGACAGAAGGCUCCGUAAAAACCUCAAAGCCCUGAUCAUCGUGCACCCGUCGUGGUUCAUCCGGACGGUGCUGGCGAUAUCCAGACCCUUCAUCAGUGUGAAGUUCAUCAAUAAGAUCCAGUACGUCCACACCCUGGAGGAGCUGGAGCAGCUCAUCCCCAUGGAGCACGUGCAGAUCCCAGACUGUGUCCUACAAUAUGAGGAAGAGAGGAUCAAGGCCAGAAAAGAAAGGGCAGAAGAGAAACAAGACAUGGCUGAGAGGGAAAGCAGGCCUGUGCCUCCAGGAGAGGAUCAAGAAACCAGUAUGUCCUGAAUGGAAGCAGGAGGUGGAUGGAUGGAGUGGAAGGACACAGCCUGGCAGCCACCCAUGGCAAUGACCUUUUGGGACAAGACCUUGUCACCAUCUUAUUCCAAGUCCUGUAAGAUCCCGGAGCCUGCCUCCUCUAUCUCCAAGAUGCAAAGUUCUUUAACCUUUUUGGAAAGAUUUUACCUUAAAAAAAAAAAAAGAACAACAACAACAAACAAACAAACAAAACCAAACCCCACAAAACAAAGCAGGCCAAGAAAAGCACUUUUCAGGACAGGUUCUGGCGUGUUUCUGGAAAGGUCUGUGGAGAGCUGUGACACAGUGCAAAUACACACCUUGUAGUAAGUUAAGAGCAUCCUCUAACCCAUUAGUCCCCAGCCCAGAAAGAGAUUUAUUUUGUUGUUUAAAUUAUAAACCCACCUGAACUCGCUGCUGGCCAGCGCGGAGACGUUUUUGCUUUAAAGCUGCACCCCCAGGUUCCUCCACAACAGCCCGAGAGCCCAGGGAAUAACUAAUACAGGCAAUGAAAAGAGCUUUUCCCUCCUUUUUAUAGCCAGUGUGUGUUUCUUCCUGAAAAUACCAAGUGCCCAACGGCCUCAGCAGCACUUCCAGCCUUGGCUGUCUCAGUGAAGUCAUUGCCAGCUCCUCAAUCCUCGUUCCCGUGAGGAAAUGCCACGUUUUGGGGUUUUUUUUUCCCUGAUUUGUUCCAUUCCGGUGUGUAAGGCACUCUGGGAGCUCUGAAGGAGUCCCCCCUGGAAUGGCAGCCUCCACAGAACCUUCCUGGGAGCAUCUUCUCCACGCACAUCCCAAAAAAGGUCUGGGUUCGGGAGUAGCCCCGCGGACGGGAACGGUUUCCACGCCUCGUCUUCAUCUCGAUGUCACAGCCCUGGACAAUCACUCCCUGUCAAAUACCUCCCACUGAGGAGACAAGCUGCUAAAAUGUUGGAAGUUUUCCUCCUGAGGGCCCUCAUCCAUCAGCUUUCCUGCCUGGAAUAUCCCCUCCCCUGGAGAACGCAGGGCACGGGGCUGGGUUCAGCUUCCGGUGUGACGUUGCCUCUGGAAAUUUGGAUCUGGGAACUCGUGAGGAUCCUGUGAGCAAAGGAAAGGGGGGAAAAGUAAAUUAAGGAACAACCCUCUGGCCAAAAUGAUUUGGAAGUUACUCCACCAGCCCCAGGUUACAUCCCCAUCCCUGGAAGUGUCCAAAGCCAGGUUGGAGCAACCUGGGAUAGUGGGAGGUGUCCCUGCCCGUGGCAGGGGGUGGGACUGGAUGAGUUUAAGGUCCCUUCCAACCCAAACCAUUCUGGGAUUCUGGGAUCAGGUAAAACCCCUCCCAGACACCUGCAGAUGGAGAAUCACCUGCCUGUUUCACCACUUAAAGAAUAUUUCCAGGAGAAUUCUGGCUGAGCAAGAUUUCCCUCAAGACAGGGACGGAUCCCUCUGGAUACACAAAGCUGCUCUUUUUUUUUUCCUUUUAGUGACUAAAACCACCACGGGUGAGAUCUUUAUUUCCCUGAAUGCUACAAAGAAGCACCAAAUAUGUACUUCUUAAGGUUAGUUCUCCUUUGAGACCCAUCCUCAUGCACUUCAGUCGUGGAUGUAUUUGCUGACCAGACCUUUGCAUGAAAAGCAGAGCACCCACAGCAUCCCCCCAGGAUGGGUGAAGAUGGCAAAAAACCUCCCCAUUCCACCUCACUGGCAUGUUAAUAACAAGCACCAAACAAGCAUCGAGCUCCACAGCUUUCUGGAAACAUCAUUAUAAAUUUAUUUAUCAUUAUUAUUAUUAUUAUCGACAAAGGAUUUCAAGGUCAGGUUGGAGCAACCUUUUCAUGGAACUGGAUGAGCUUUAAGGUCCCUCCCAACCCAAACCCAUCCUGGGAUUCUAUAAAGUGAAUUCUGGGCACAAAAAAACCCCCCCAAAACCCAGCCCUUCAGGGUUUUUUUUGGGUUCUGCCAAGUGACAUCUCCCUGCUGAAGUUCCACAGGGAACUGUCUGGAGGUAGAAGCAGCAGCAGCCAGGAAUUCCCAAAUGGAAUUCCCAAAUGGAAUUCCCAAAUAGAAUUCCCAUCUGCAGAGCUGGGUCUGUCAGCAGAGGGGCUGAGCAACCCACUGAAACUAAGGAAAGGACUUUUCUUGAGUCAAUUAAUUUGAGCUCCCAAUUAGGAACAAUCACAAAUCUCCUCGUGGUCUCUGAGAAUUCACCGUCUCCCGACUGAGAACACUUAAAUUAGGUUUUCCUCUUUUCUUUUUGAGACUUUUUUUAUGUAUUUAAACAAA